AUGCCAUGGAAGGCAGCUGCUGAGAUUGUGGGUUUCUGGCCGUUCUGCAAUUUCUGUGAAGUAUGGAUUGUGUUUGACAUUAUGUGCUCCACUGCCUCCAUUCUUAAGCUGUGCAAAAGUGUGGAUCAUUUCUGGGCUAUUGCUAGUCCAUUUAACUAUGCAAAAAUGACAAGGAGGGUGGUGUUUGUCAUGAUAGGCAUGGCAUGGACUCUCUCUGUUCUGAUCUCAUUCAUUCCGCAGCUGAUUUGGCAUAAAACUCUGAGCCAUAAAGGAGACCUAGAAGGAGGGGGUGAAAAAUGCAAUGCCAAUUUAAAUCAUACUUAUGUCAUCACCUCAUCUCUGAUAAGCUUCUACAUCCCUGUCUUAAUAAUGAUUGCGACUUACACCAUCUUUUGCGUAGUGCAAAGGCAGAUCCAAAGAAUAUCAGUGCAAGAGUGUAGCAUUAAACUGAAUCAGUCUUGCCAAGGCUUCAUUAAAGCACCAGAAGAAAAAAUAAAAAGUUAAUUUAGGAGGGAAACCAAAGUCCUGAAAACUCUACCAAUUAUUAUGGGUAUCAAAUUAUUAUUUGAUACUGUGUCACAAAUGGCUGAAGUCCCUCAUGAGAAAGAAUGUUACUUUGUAUAUGGGCAAAGACCACCUAUGCUAAGUGAUGGAGAGACAGAACUAUCAUUACUCAAGACAAGCUAG